UGAGAAAAUUGAGGUUAAAUACAAAAACAGCCGUUUGCGCGUUUGGUUCGCAUCUCAGUUUGUGUAUCAAAACAUAAUUAUUAAAUAUUUUCCCUGUUAUCAAUUAAAACUUAAUCAUGGACGGUGAUUUUGAUCGUUCAAUUCGUCUCCUAGACGAAGCAGUGUCAGCGCAAGGCCGCAAACUUUUCCGGCAAAGUUUUAAAACGCGCGACUUCGACGAUACUCUUUUCGCAGGCAGUGAAUAUGAACAUCGCAACAUCUCCAAUUACGCAGAAAACACCACAAUGUUUGAUGUAACCAGAAUGAACUACUCCAUGUCCAUCGCAGAAUCCAAUAAACCAUCGGCAGACAAUCUCUAUGUGGAAUUUUUCGAGAUUCUUCAAACUCACACACAAAGUGAUGAGUUGCUGAAAGCCAUUGCAGAAAUGUCCAGAAGUUGUGCAGAUGCUCUCACCGUCAUACGUGCUGCCAACGCAAAACUCAUCAGUAAACCAGUAAAUGAUAUCUGGCUGGAAAAUGAGAGAAACACAUGGAGAUUGUUGUAUAUUUUGUAUUCAGAUAGAUUAGUUACUAGAUCUUCAUCAAAUGAAGAAGAUAUUUCUGAUUCAGAUAUGUCCAGUUAUUUUGGCCACAGUGAAAAAUACUGCAUGUUAAGCCUGUUUAAAAGAAAUAAUUUGAUCAGAGAGUGUCAAUUGGUUGUGGAUUGGUUGGAAUGCAAUGCUGCACAAAAAGAUGAUGGUAUUCUACACUUUUCUGAUUGUUCCAUGGGUUGGGAGAAUACAUUACAUCAGUUGAAGUCAAAAGACACAAUUGUCUUUGAAGCUACUCAUAAUAUUGUCAAUAAUAUGGAUCCUGAUUCACAAUAUUAUCAAAAACUGCCUUUGCAUGAUAUUGAUAUGGAAGAUGAAAAGAAAUUAUGUUACAAAGUGUUCCAUCAAGUUAGAUGUGGGAAAUUGGAUGAUGCACAAAAGUUAUGUGCCCAAUCUGGCCACUAUUGGAGAUCAGCCCUGCUUGAAGGUUGGAAAUUAUACCACAACCCAAAUUUAGACGACCAGUUUAGCAGAGAAUACGAUGAAGGUUUUGCUGAAGAAUCUCCAAUGGACGAUGAAAGCGAUGAUAAACCAGUCGAAGGCAACGAAAAUCGUGAUUUAUGGAAGGUAACAGCAUGGAAUUAUUCUAAUAAUCCAUCACUGGACACUUAUGAAAAGGCAGCUGUUGCUGCAUUCUGCGGUAAUCUUAAAUCUUUAAUAAAUGUGUGUAAAACUUGGGAGGAUUACCUCUGGGCGCAUAUGAAAGUCAUGAUUGACAUCAAAGUUGAGUCCGAGGUGCGUGAAAAUGUUACUAAAAACUACAAAGAUAUGCCAAAUACGUAUUGGGAACAAAGAAUGUCGAUAAAUGAGAUUUUUGCGGCAUUAGAAGCGUCAAAAACGAAAACCGUGCAGCGUGAAUCACUUCUGUUAGAUCAUAUCAUUCAGAAAUUCAUUAUUCUUGAAGAAUAUAAUAAUUUGUUGGACGCCAUUGCUGAUUGGAUACUGGAUCCGAAUAUUAGUACACAAUUUCUCCGCUUCGUGUCGCAUCUGUUGUUAUUCCUGGAGCAAAUAGAUCAGGUUAACAAUCGAGAAAUUACGGAAAAAGUGAUUGAAGAGUAUUUGAAACGACUGAUUCACGAUAAACAAACACAACUUGUCGCGUUCUACGUAAGCAAACUGACUGAAACUACACAGAUACAUAUUUAUUCGACGUAUUUGGAAUCGAUUGUUGAUAAUGAGGCGCGGAAAGAAGCUUUGCAGUAUGCGGAGGAUUGUGGACUUAAUGUCGCCGCCAUUACAAAACAAAUUGUCGAGAAUAUUCGUGGCAGACAUGAUUCACCGAUUGAAAUGGAGAAUAUGAGUGUGACAAAAUCUGAUGAAUUUAAAAUUAACUCAUUGGAUUGGUUGCUUUUCUACAAUAAACAACUCGCUGAAUUGGUACAUCAAACAAACGCGCUUGUUUUUCAAUUUUUAUUGAUGCAAAAACACGAUGCAGCGCAGUUAGCAUUUAAUAAAGUUCCCGAUGAUGCGGUUGGGAAACUCUCAGCGGGUGAUGAUAUCCCCGAGGAGUUACAACAGAUUGUUCGUGAAUAUCUCAGUUAUAAAGCAUAUUUCGAAGCGCAGGAAGCAUUUAGCGUGUGGUUCAAGAACUUUAAGAGCCAACCGAAAGAACCGGAGUGUCCACCAGAGGGCGCGCCAUUCGCUAAAAAGGUAGAGUAUGAGCACAAACUGUCACAAUUUAGUGCCGAGACCGGAAGAUGGAAGAUCACCAUGGAACAACUUUCAAAACAAGCAAAACUGCCGCUUUAUAACGUUCUACUCUUUCCGGACGGCGGGUGGCUUCACGGGGCCAAAGAGGCGUCAUAUCUGCAAAAUAAGUACAUUCCACAGUGUCUUCUGUUAUUGUUCAACGUCCUGUACGACUCUGAACAGUUUGAAGAGUGUGUUCAGUUGGCGGACAUAUUAGCUUCAGAGAAGUAUCAAGUGUAUAAGUAUUUUUCGCAUGAGAAAAUGGCUGAAGCCCUGCGGAAAAUAGCAGAAGCAUCCGUGGCGCUGUUGAAUCAUGGUAAGGAUCCGUGGGGUAACGACACGCGUGCCUGAUUUCACAAUUCGUAAGUCUACCAAUUAUUUCUAUGUGAAUAAAAACUUUUUUAUUGAAA